CGUGGCACACGCCUCUUGAUGAGAGGCUGCUGGAUCUGUCAAUCCUGACCCGACGUCCCCAUUGGCCACAUCUCAAGCGGUCGGAGACAAGGCCCGCACGCCCAUUGGCCGCGGGGCGAGGAAAAGAAGCGGCCUCACGCUGGGGCGUUGACACGGAAGUGGGUCCAGGUCCUGUACGUCGUCUGCGCCGGAACUUUCGUGAACCCCUCGUGCGAUCUGAUUGGCUGAGGGUAGCGCGAGUGGGCCUAUCAAGAGGAGUCGUGGGGGGGUCCCGCUGCCCAUUGGUCCGAAGGCACUUCACUCAGGCAGGGAGGCGGACUGUGCGAGGAGGAAGUGGCUGGAAGCCGUACGACCACCCGGGUGGGAUGGAGGCGGCAGGAGAGCCUGGAAACCUGGCCGGCGUCCGGCACAUCAUCCUCGUUCUUUCGGGAAAGGGGGGUGUUGGGAAAAGCACCAUCUCCACGGAGCUGGCCCUGGCCCUGCGCCACGCGGGCAAGAAGGUGGGUAUCCUCGACGUGGACCUGUGUGGCCCCAGCAUCCCCCGCAUGCUCCAGGUGCAGGGCAAGGCUGUGCAUCAGUGCGACAGUGGCUGGGUGCCUGUCUUCGUGGACCAGGAGCAGAGCAUCUCCCUCAUGUCUGUGGGCUUCCUGCUAGAGAAGCCGGAUGAGGCAGUGGUGUGGAGAGGCCCCAAGAAGAAUGCACUGAUAAAGCAGUUUGUGUCCGAUGUGGCCUGGGGGCAGCUGGACUACCUGGUUGUGGACACGCCCCCAGGGACCUCUGAUGAGCACAUGGCCGUGGUGGACACCCUGCGCCCCUACAGCCCCCUGGGGGCCCUCGUGGUCACCACGCCCCAGGCAGUGUCCGUGGGGGAUGUGAGGCGGGAGCUGACCUUCUGUAAGAAGGUGGGGUUGCGGGUGAUCGGGGUCGUGGAGAACAUGAGCGGCUUCGUCUGCCCACACUGCGCGGAGUGCACCAACGUCUUCUCCAGGGGAGGCGGCGAAGAGCUGGCCAGACACGCUGGAGUCCCCUUCCUGGGCUCUGUGCCCCUGGACCCCGAGCUCACGCGGAGCCUGGAGGAGGGCCGGGACUUCAUCCGGGGGUUCCCCGAGAGCCCCGCGUUUCCUGCGCUCUCUUGCAUAGCCCAGAAGAUUCUGAAUGAAGCGCCUGUUGGACUCUCCUGACCAAGGCAGUUUGAGUGUCUCCUCUGUGUGCUGUGGGGCUCAUGCUCACAGCCUGGAACAGAGGCGGUGGCACAGUUCCUGAAACCCGUGGCCCUGGGUUGCCGUCACCAUGUGCUCCUCUCCCCGUGGGCCUGCCCUGGACGUUUCUGGUGCUUCAGGAGCAUCUCAGCAUCAGAGCCACUGACAGUCAGUGGUUCCGCCUGGUCGGCCUGUGGCAGGGCCCGGGGAUAGCGUGAGGUCGCGAUGCCGUGGCCUGACCUCCCUGGUGGUGCAGCUCAGUACUCACAUGCCCCAGAUAGACGGGCUGCUCCCGACAGCCAAGUCUCCACGUUGUUCACAAAACUUGUGUGUCUGGGAGCGCGCUGGGCCUAUAAUCCUGGUGAAAUAGGCAGCAGCACUCAGGAAGGUGUCAAACUUGUAAUUCAGAGGAGCCCAAAAUAAACCCGUCCCACCGCCGUGGUUACAGGUCUGACCUUUCUAGAUCAUUCUGCUCUGGUCCCGCCUCUCUGGCUUAGUGUCACCACGUCCUGUGGCAGACAGUGUCUACUCCCUAAGUCCCAGAAACUGGGCCAACAGCCCUGUCAUCAACAGGCUCCUGGAGACUCUGGUGAAGAUACGUUUGGGGAGAGUUUGUCAGGUAACUUGCGAUGUGUGAGUGGCCAUGCUUGGCCCAGUGAGAGCUAAGUGCCCGCCCCGCCCUCCGUGCUGCGGGCCUGAAGGGUUGAGCUGAAGAGCAGAAAGGUGAGUGUGAAACAGAGUCCCAGGAGUUUUCCCUGCACGGCUUCAAGGAAGGCCAGGAGGGGGAGGUUCUGGAAAGCAGGAUGGUGGCAUGGUGUGCUGUUCUUCCCAAUGGGAGAGGUGGGGUGCUCAGUAGAGAAUGUGGAACGGUCCCUGGGGCACGGGUGGCAGGGGGCCUGGGGAAGCAGCCCUCAGAUAUCACUUCUUGGGGGCAGAUGGGGAGGCGAGGAGUGUACCAAGGAUGGAUGUUUCUUGUGGGGGUGGGGGGAGCAGGGGCAGAACUGUUGAGGGGUUUGGCCAGGAGCACAGGGACCUGGAGAGUGAGGGUCUGCACCCCCUCUGGCCCCAGGCUGGCCCCAGCAGGAGCAGCUGGGCCCCGGCUUCCCAGGACCAGGCCACCUCCAAGGACGCUGCCCAGCGAGGGGGCUGAGAUGCCGAGGUUCCUGGAGGACCUGAGUAAGUGCCCCCCGCUCCUCAGGUGGGGAUGGGGCCUGGGGACUAGUGGACGAGAAUUGUCUGGGCACAGGACAGGAAGGGUUGUGGUUGGGCAUGUGGGACCAAGGCAGCCAGAGGUGGGGCAGGCAUGGCAUAGAGGGGCCUGCGGCCCAGCCAGCACUCCUCCCUCCCUGAGCUCCCCGCACAACCUCAUACGUGGCCACAUUUAUUGGGUUGCUUUUAAUUGAUAGUUGGGGAGGCUGUGUCCCCGACCCUCCCGGUCAGGCCCUCAGGGACCAGGCUGGGGCCCACAGGUCCCAGGUCCAUGUCCCCUGGGGUGGCAAGGGCCCGUCCAGACCGCAGGGCAGCCUCGGGUCAGCAGUGGGCAAAGUGGGCCUCGCCGAUGUCGCGCAGGUCAAGGCCCGAGAUGCUGGGGGGACUGGCGCAGGUGAUGUUGUUGUAGGCGUAUGCGGGCGGCUGGUGGCCGUCAUCUCCCUCUGCCAUGGCCUGGACGAAGCGGGGCACGACGCCCGGGUGCUGCAGGGUGAAGGCCCUCAGGGCCUUGAGGGGGCAGCCGCAGUCCCAGGGGUUGCCCUCGAGCCACAGGCGCUCCAGGCCGGGGGGCUGCGGCACAAAGGUCCGCAGCGAGUUGUUCCGGAGGCUGAGGUAGCGCAGCCGCCCCAGUGGCGCGAGCACAGUCUCAGGUAGCGCCUCCAGGCGGUUGUGCGACACAUCCAGCCAGAAGAUGUGCUGCAGGGGCCCCAGGGCAUCCACCGAUAGCGCAGACAGCCGGUUGCGGGACAGGAGGAGGUACUCCAGGUGGCUGAGGCCCUGGAAGAGCUGGCCAGGCAGGUGCGUGAGCUGGUUGGAGGUGAGGUCCAGCUCUAGCAGCUCGGCCAGCCCCCCCAGGCUCUGCUCAUCGAUGGCCGCAAUGCCGUUGUCCUUGAGGAAGAGCCGGCGCAGCCCCGAGAGGCCGGUGAAGGUGUGUGGGCCGAGGCAGCCCAGGCAGCUGCCCUCCAGGUGCAGGCUGUGCAGCUUGCCCAGGCCCUGGAACGCCUGCUCUGGAAGGUUCCUCAGACAGUUGCCAGAGAGGUUCAUGACGGCCAGGUUGUAGAGGCCCAGGAAGACGCCUGCCUUGAGCUCCUGUAGCUGGUUGUUGUUGAGCGCCAGCACCUCCAGCUGGUCCAGGCCCUCGAAGGCCUCUUCCGGCAGCUGCCGGAUACGGUUGUAGCCAAGCUGCAGCUCCUCCAGGAAGUGAAGGUCCUUGAAGGUACGGGGCCGUAGGCCGGCGAUGGCAUUGUGUGAGAGGCGCAGAACGUGCAGGCCCAGCAGCCCCGGGAAGGUGUCCUCCAGGAGGCCACCCACGCGGUUGUGUGACAGGUCCAGCCAGCGCAGCGCCUUCAUGCCCAGGAAGGCACCUGGGGCCACAGCGGUGAUGAGGUUGUGGUCCAGGUAGAGCUUGUGGAGCUUGGGCAACUUGACGAAGACAUUGGGUUUGACGCUCCGCAGGGCAUUCCUGCUCAGGUCCAGCUCGCGGAGCUCACUGAGGCCGCAGAAGAGCGCGGGCUGCAAGUAGGCCAGCUUGUUGCCCGCCAGCACCAGCUCGCGUAGGCUGGCCAGGUCCUGGAACGCAGUGUCGGGCAGCACGGCCAGGCUGUUCCAGCCCAGGUUGAGGUCCCAGAGGUGGGCAAGGCCCCUGAAGAGGUCCUCGUCUACCCGGCUGAGCAGGUUGUUGUUGAGGCCGAGCGAGGCCAGGCCCGGCGUGUGCAGGAAGGUGCGGGCUGCCAGGCUGCGCAGCUGGUUCCGCUCCAGGUGCAGGUGGUACAGGUUCUGCAGGCCCAGCAGCGCCUGCGGCUCCAGGCUGGCCAGCCCGCUGCCUUGCAGGUUGAGGAAGCCCAGGCUGGAGAGGUUCCGGAAGGUGGCCGCGGGAAUGAAGGAGAAGUUGUUUCCAUCCAGCCACAGGGCCCUGGUGUCGUCUGGGAUGCCGCUGGGCAGCCGCGUGAGGUUCCGAGAGCUGCAGAAGACGCUGAGCUCAUCUGUGUAGUCGUCGUGGCCGCAGGAGCAGACGGCUGGGCACUGGGGGCCCUCAGGGUCUGCUGGUGCCGCGGACUCCACUUCCUCCAGGCUGUGGGAGCCCAGCACUGCCCAGGAGACUAGCAGCACCACCAGGGCCGGGCCUCCUGUGGGGAGAGGGGCUUGGGGAGGCAGCACUGGGGCAGCCCAGGAUGUAAGCCCAGGGCAAGCAAGACAUGGAACCUUCCAGGCCUCAGCCACACACCUGGACCACAGCACACAACUAUUUAGAGAAGGCACUGCUGACCGGACCAGAGAAGGACCAACGGGGUGGCAGUGCCUGUUCCAGAGAAAACUGAAGGCUGGGGACCUGGCCACUAGGCCGUGUGUUCAUCUGCGUCCCCAAGGUGGACACUCAAGCCAGGCUAGGCUGCCAGGCAGGCCUGGAGGAAAGUGUGAGAGAACGUUCUGGAGCAGGCUCGGGUCGUUUCUCAGCUUCUCUUCUGAGAAAUUAUAGAUCUGCAGGGAGAAAGUCCACACCCAGAAAUUUACACGUUCACCCCCUGAGGGUCCCCCCGAGGAGUCUGGUUUCUGGUCUUUGUGGAAAUGGUGUUGUACAGAAGCCCCAGGCCCAGCCACUCGUGUGCCAAGUCAUAGCAUCCCUUCCCUCCUUCCUGUCGUGGUGCUACGACCCUGUGGGGCCCUUGUGCGUUCCUGUGGUCCUGAGUGGACCCACUGGGACCAGCCUGUGUCAUCCUUGCAGGCUCCGGACACACAGGCUCAGUGGCCAUGGCUCACGGGCCCAGCAGCUCCGCAGCAUGUGGGAUCUUCCCGGACCGGGGCACGAACCCGUGUCCCCUGCAUCGGCAGGCGGACUCUCAACCACGGCGCCACCAGGGAAGCCCGGUUGUUACUUUUGAUACUAUUGUGGCCCCAUUGUAAUUACAAGUGUCCUCUAAAGUGGCAGAGGGCGUCAGAAGAGGUCGGUGUGAGGCAAUGAGAGAAGGACUCAACCCACAGCUGCUGACCUUUGAAGAUGGAGGAAGGAGGUCAGGAGCCAAGAAUGCAGGCGCCUCUAGCAGCAGGAAAGGGCAAGGAAACAGAUUCUCCCUUAGAGCCUGAAGAAGGAACCAGCUCCGUGGACACUUUUAGUCCAGUGAGACUCAUGUCAGACUUCUGACCUCCAGAACUGUUAGAUGAUACAUUUGUGUGGUUUAUUUCUUUUAUUUAUUUAUCGAUUGAUUAGCUGCGUUGGGUCUUCAUUGCUGCGUGCAGUCUUUCUCUAGUUGCAGCGAGCGGGGGCUACUCUUCAUUGUAGUGCAUGGGCUUCUCAUUGUGGUGGCUUCUCCCAUUGUGGAGCACAGGCUCUAGGUGCACAGGCUUCAGUUGUUGUGGCACGUGGGCUCAGUAGCUGUGGCUGGCGGGCUCCAGAGCGCAGGCUCAGUAGUUGUGGCACAUGGGCUCAGUUGCUCCACGGCAUGUGGAAUCCUCCCAGACCAGGCCUCGAACCCGUGUCCCCCUGCAUUGGCAGGUGGAUUCUUAACCACUGCGCAACCAGGGAAGUCCCCAUUUAUGUUGUUUUAAACAACUAAGUUUGUAAUGAUUUGAUACAGCAGCAUUUAGAAAUUACAGAUGUCCUUUAAACAGGUCGAAGAGGCUCCCUUCUAUUCCUAGUUUGUUGACUUUUUAUCACGAACAGGUGUGGGAUUUUGUCAAAUGUUUUCCUUCAUCCACUGAGAUGAUCUUGUGGAUUUUGUCCUUUAUUCUAUGACUGUGGUUUAUGUUAAUUGAUUUUUAGAUGUUUAACCAACCUUGCAUUCCUGUGAUAAAUCCCACCUGGUUGUGUAUAAUGUUGCUGUAUUUGGGUUGCUAACGUUUUAAAGAUUUUACAUCUGUAUUCAUGAGGGACAUUGAUCUCUCGUUUUGUUUGGUAUCAGGAUAACAUUAGCCUCAUAGAAUGAGUUGGGAAGUGUCCCCUCCUGUAUUUUCUGGAAGAGUUUGUGAGUGAUUAGUGUUACUGAUAGAAUGCACUAGUGAAGCCAUGUGGACCUGAGCUUUCCUUUGCAUGAAGACUUCAGACUUUUGUUAAAUCAAUUUAAGGAAUUUGUCCAUUUCAUCUAAAAUCUAAUUUGUUGGUAUAGUUUCCCUAGUAUUCCUUUGUAAGUCCUGUUCAUUUCUGUAGGAUUGGUAGUGAUGUACCCUUUUUCAUUCAUGAUUUUGGUAUUUGUGUGUUACUUUGUUGGUCAGUGGUUUUCGUUUUUUGUUUCAUUCAUCUCCUUGCUAAUCAUUACUAUUUCUUUUCUUCUGCUUCCUUUGGGUUUUGUUUGCUCUUCUUUAGUGUUUUAAGGUAGAAGCCUAGGUUUUGUGAGGCCUUUCUUCUUUUCUCAUACAGGUGUUUAAAAGCUAUAUACAUUUCCCUCCAGCACUGCUUUAGCUGCAUCCCACAAAUUUUGUGUUUUGAUUUCCACUCUUUUUGACCCACACACUAUUUAGAUGUGUUAACUUCCAAACAUUUGGGGGUUUUCCAGGCUUCAUUUUGUUGUAAAUAUCUAAUUCCACUGGAGUUUGAAAUUACAAAGUAUACUCUGUCUUUUAAAAUUCAUUGUGAUUUAUAGUCUAAGAUAUUGUCUAUCCUGGAGAAUGUUCCAUGAGCACCUGAAAAUGCUGGUGGAAUGUUCUAUAAAUAGGUUCAGUUGAGUGACAGUGUCCUGUUAUCAACUAGACUAUUAAAGAAUCUCCAUUAUUUUAAGAGUUUUUUUUAAAUUAUUUAUUUUUGGCUGCAUUGGGUCUUCGUUGCUGCGCACAGGCUUUCUCUAGUUGCAGAGAGUGGGGGCUACUCUUCGUUGCAGUGCGCAGGCUUCUCAUCACAGUAGCUUCUCUUGUUGUACAGCAUAGGCUCUAGGCACGCGGGCUUCAGUAGUUGUGGCACAUGGGCUCAGUAGUUGUGGCUCAUGGGCUGUAGAGUGCAGGUUCAGUAGUUGUGGUGCACGGGCUUAGUUGCUCCCCAGCAUGUGGGAUCUUCCCAGAACAGGGUUCGAACCCAUGUCCCCUUCAUUGGCAGGCAGAUUCUUAACCACUGUGCCACCAGGGAAUCCCUCCAUCAUUGUUGAAUUACUUAUUUUAUCUUUGAAUUUCUAAAAUUCUUUGGUCCCUGACCAUUCAGACUAGACAUGAGGUAUUCAUUCCUUCAAAAGAGGGUUGUUAGAACAGAAAUCAGAGGAAAGAAAAGAGAUUAUUAGAACCUUAAAAAGUCAAGAUUCUGGCCUAAGAAAAUAUUCUGACAAAGAAUAAGAAAACUCUUUCUUUGAGCUACGGAGCAGGAGAAAGGCUGGAGAAGAAAGGAAGAGAAGGAACCUGAUUUUCUGCCACCUCAGUGGAAUCCCAGAUGGGCCUAAGGGCCCCAGAGCAGAGGUGACCCUGACCUUUGCUGAGGACUGACUGAGACACGGUGGAACAGGUGUGUGUACCCUGGGGACACACAUGGCUGCAGGACCAGCCUUCCUCUCUGGAUCCACAGCACCUGGGCCAGGCUCUCUCCCAGAUCCACUGAGAUCCAAUUCUUCUCCAGGCCUCUCUGCUGCCCCAACUCAGAACCAGUGUCCAUAGAAGUGGAUGGUCCAGGAAAAGCCUCUCCUUUUACAGUUUUACUGACAGAUUAAUAGUUAAAAGUUUCAGAUUAUUAGAGAGAGGUGGGGGAUGCACAACAUUGUGAAUGUACUAAAUGCCACUGAAUUGUUGUCCCUGGUGGUCCAGUGGUUAAGACUCUGUGCUUCCAAUGCAGAGGGCACGGGUUUGAUCCCUGAUCAGGGAACUAAGAUCCUGUAUGUUGUGCAGUGCAGCCAAGAAAGUAAAAAAAAAAAGGCCACUGAAUUAUAAACUUAAUUGUAUGUUGUGUGAAUCUCACCUCAAUUUAAAUAAGUUUUAAAAGUUCUAUUUAGUAAAAUACAGUCACUCCUAAAAUCUAAGCAGUGUUACAGCUGGAGAGAAAUAUAUCACAUUGGGAUAGCACAUGACACACAGGUCAGGUGGGUGGCUGUCAGAAAAGCAGCAAGGACCUAGUGUGCUGGCUGUGGGAAGUAAGACCACCACCUGGGGGCACCUCCCAGAGAGUCAGGGUAAAUGCACAGAGGUGUAGCUUGGUGAGAGACGGAGCCUCCACCCAGACAGUUAACUGAGCAGUCAGGAAAUACUUUAAAAUAAAAAUCCUCAGAGGGAAGCAGGCAGGCACUGGGUCAGGGAUCAGGAACUAGUGAAGAAAAUGCUUGGGCUCUGUUUAUACUAGUGCCCGGGAAGAAACUGAGGAGUUGUGGCAGUUUACAUGGCCAGAUUGUAGGGCUUCACAACAGACGCUCUGGGGGAGUUUUUACCUUUACAUUCUCAAGAAAAAGGAUGAGAGAUCCCUGAGGAGCUAAGAAAGCAGGACCCCAAAGCCAUAGGACAGACAGCAAAGGGCUCAGAUAGGAAUGGGGAGGGAAGACAAAUGCCCACGUCAGAGACAAGAGGACAUUACAGACCAGAUUUGAAAAUGUAGGAAAGAAAACAACUUACCAAAAGCAGCUGAAGAAGGAUAGAAGUAACAGCCCUUAUAACCAUUAAAAAACAGGAUCACUAGUUUUUAAAAUACCCGCAAAAGAAAGCACAAGGCUCAGACUAGCAUUACCUUCUACAAACUCCCCAAGAAGUGAGGAAACGUUCCAUGUCACCU